UCCAUUCACGCUUUAGUUACCGCUCUGUGAUCAUUAAGCGCGCAUCGUUUCUGCUAGCCGCUCGAACGGAUCGCUUGUUGCUUUCUAUAAGUCACUCUUUUUGUUUUUUUGUUGGCAUUGUGUGACGCGCGCGCACAAAGCAAAACUAAUUAAAAGUGCACACGAAGCUAUGUAAAUAACAAUAAAAAAUAAACAAACUAAAUAAAAUUGCCAAAUCCAAAGUAACAAUUAGAAAUAAAAUUCAUAUAAUUACAAAGUGCACAAGUUUUAUAUAUGCAAAUAAGUAAAAGUAAAUUUAAUUUUUAAUAUAUUGCUUUCAAUUAUAUAUCUACAUGUGUAUGUUUAUUUUGCCACGCGUUUGAUUGCCAAAUAGAUACUGGGAUUUUUCGUAUUUAGUGUUUUCCCCUACGCAUAUUGUUUACUACGUAAAUAUAAAUUUGCAAAGCUGUUCAAGCUCAAAAACUUUGUUUAUAUGUUUGCACGUGAGAUUAUUGAGAGUCAAUAUUACCAAAUGUUCAAAAAUGUCCUGCUCUAAGGCGCUGCUGUUCACGUUACUACUGAGCUGCCUCUUGCUUAAUGCGCAAGUCGAUGGUAAAGAAUAUAUGCGCUGCCAACUGGCGAGAGAGCUUUUGGAAAAAUAUGGAAUCAACAAAACAUUUCUUUCAAACUGGAUAUGUUUGAUUGAGCACGAAAGCAAUAGGAAUACCAAAGUUGUGAAGCGAAAUCCCAAUGGCAGCGCAAGUUAUGGACUCUUCCAAAUCAGCAGCAAGGAUUGGUGUCGCGUUAGUCGCAAAGGUGGCAUAUGUGAUAUGAAGUGUGAAGACUUUAUUGAUGACAAUAUUGCCGACGAUGUGGCUUGUGCAAAAACGAUCUUUGAACGUGUGGGCUUCAAGAACUGGCCCGGUUGGCAAACGUCCUGUCGGAAUACGCAAAAUUUACCAAAUCUCGGCGUGGCGUGCAAUAUACAGACAGUGAGACCGAGUCGUACAUUGAGAUUUGAACACAAGUCUAAUUAUUAUAAUAUAUUUCAAAUAUCAAAUAGGUAUAGUCGGUAGCGGAGCAGAGCGCAGGGUAAUAGUUAUUUUUGUUGUAUUUUAUAUUACAACAAAGUGCUCGAGCAAACCUACAUACAUACAUAUUUUCUUAACAGUUAUGACCUAUUGGCAAGGCAAUGCUACUUACUGAUUGAACAAACGAAUACUUAAACAAUAAAAACAAAAAACAAGGUACUUUUCCAGAGGCAGAGAGCAUCGCGGCAAACUUUUUUCGUUUGCGUUUGAUUUUUUGCCGCACGAAAGCCCCUCAAAACAAAUCGGAAACAUUAAAUGUUUUUUACUCUUUGUACUCUCCGACUAUGAGUAUAUAUUUUAUCAAAGCAUUUACAACAUAAUUGGCGAGAGGUGAGAAGUAAGAUCAGGGGUAACUAGCUAAGUUAAAAAAAGGAAGAGUAGGGUAAGAAAUGAAUGCUUCAAUGAUUUCUUAGUGUUCACUGAAGUUAUCAUUCAAAAUCACAGUUUGCCGAUCGAAGCAGAGCAAUUGAUGUUGUUGCUGUUGUUAGCUCAGUAAGCGAUUGUGAUAAUUGGCUAUAAUGAAGCCAAAGCAGCCGACAGCAAAUCCACAAAGGUGGCUAAGCGAAAAUUGAAAGUGUUAAUGGAGUAGUUUUGUUUUUUUUUUAGUCUCAACUCUGGCAGUCGGUAUGGAAUAUGAACAUGAAAGACUAUUUUCGUUUUAACUCAUGGCAAAACUUAAAAGUGAAUUAAUGGCUGGGAGGGGGUUUGUCUUAAUGCCUAUAAGCAUUCCACUUUUUAAAUAAGUAAUUAUGUGCUUUUUACUUCGAAUCUUUUAUGAAAUUUAUGAAAAGAAAAUCGGUAAAGUAAUACAAUAAUGCUGCCGUGUGAAGAAAUCUUUCAGAAUUUGUUUUACGGAAGUGUAAAGAGAAGGGUUUUUUACGAGUUCAUGCCAACCCCUUCAUACGAUUUUCUUUGAAAAUUCGAUUUCCGAUAUUCUUAAAGAUUUCGUAAAGAUUUUACGAGCUUUGGUUUUCCGGGCACCUAUCUAUAUGAAAUGGGCUCCUAUAUUUUUACUCUUUAAAUUAAAAUUAUAAAUUUUGAAUUUAGAUUUCCACGUAAAACAACAACACUAUUUGUAUAUUGUGAUCGUGUUCAUUGAAGUUCUUAUAACGGUAUAAGUGGGGCUUGUACUGCUGUAGGGAAGCUAUUGAAAAAGAAGGUGUGUCUCGCCCAAAUCGGUUUAUCGGGCCCUAGCCUGGUGGAACUCACUUGCCUUAAUUGGUAUAAGUAAGGCACCAUGGACCGCCCUACCCAAAUCCAAUUACUUUAAAGUACACAUAAUCUUCUCGUUGAUCUACUUAAAUCAAAUAAAUAAAAAUUUAGUUUUUAAGUGUUCCAGACAAAGAUUCGUUUCCUACUUUUCUCACAGGUUCGGACACAUUUUACGGCUAACAGCCUCCUACACCUUUACGUGGCGCGUUGCACUAAAUAAACCAACUAAACACACAAUAAACAACACGUAACCAUAAAUGUCAACUGUGGGCGUUAUCAGCACAGCCUGAAGGACCACAAACCAUUGCAAGAAAAACAAUCGCAUUUUAAAUGCAAGCGAACUGCAGAACAAUGCAGAAUAUACACACUUAGUUAUUUUUUUUUUCAUAUACAUACAUGCAUACAUACAUAUGGACGUGGGCAUGGAUAUAUUCUUUUAUUAAUAUGAACAUACUUAUAUGCACAGUUGAAUGGAAUGGCCAAUGUACGAAUAUCUCUACAGUAGGGGUAUUCGCGAUCUUGCGCAUACGAUGUUUAGAUAAUUGGCAUAAAAAGCAUGCUUCGAUAAUUUUGUUGCGGUUUCAUGUGUACAAACAACGUAUACACCGGAUCGUGAAUACCCUUAGUGUUUUUAUCUGCGCAUGCGCGCAGGUUGACUGUCUGCCUACCUUCCUGCCGACAUUGGCAUGUUGCUGACUACUCGUCCAGCUGACAGCCUACGGUCUUUGUUUGCUGUCUGCAGCCAAUUUUCAUUUUCACAAUUCAAAUCGAAAUAAAGCCGCAAAGUUGCAGAGUAAAGUAAGAAAAAAAAAAAAAAAACUAAAUACUUUUGCAUUUAAUUCUGUGACUUGGUUGACAUGCAUGGGCGUCGUAGCAACGCGCGCCGAAUCAGCGAAGAAAGAAACGGCCGUCAAACGUCCUCGCAGGCGGCAAAAAAAAAACAACCGACACAUCAGCAUUCGAAUCUUCAAUUGCGCAGGAAAGUUAAGCUUCAGGGAUCGAAAAAGUUCAUUCUGCUGCAUUCGCUAGUACAAAUGCAUAUACAUAUGUAUGUGCAUACCCUGCCAGAAAUGGUGCGACUAAACUCUAAAGGGAGUACUCCGAGAUUAGCCUCAAUCGGGUACAACUGGGCAUGAAUUAGUCGCAACUAGUCUCAUACGGGGGUAUUGUUGGAGAUAAAUUAGUCACCGACUCCUCCAACGUUUACAAUUAACGAUUUAAUGAUAUUGAACUUAGACAAUGAAAUUUUAUGUGCAGAGUUAGCAGAUAGAGGGAGUAUUCGCUUAACAAACCAGAGAACCCUGGUUCGUAUCCUGCCUGCGCAAAUUUUUAUUUUUAUUUUUUAAAAGUUAUUAGCCGUUUUUUAUACCCGUUCGGAUAUAAAGGGGAACAAUUAGUCUCUUUGUAGGACAUGCUCGAACAAAAACAAACAGUUCAUUGCAUAAAAAGAGAUCAAAACAGCAUUUAGUUGCAUGUUCCUUUGCGAUUGGUCCUGGAGUCAUCCCGGAUUAGUCGCAUUUUUCGCAGGGUUUGCAUAAGGAGGUAUGUAGGUUUUA